CGCACAGGUGAGCGCGGCUCGUGUCCGCGCCCGCGAUCCCCCUCGUUCGACCCCAGGCCUGGUGCUCUUCGGAUGUAUCCCCCGGCACCGGCCGCGGCCGCGUCGACCGCGAGCGUGCUUCAGUGACACAAACGCAUAAACAAACAGAUCAUUCCGGACCGUUUCCCUGACCCACUAUUUCGUCCCGCAGUAUUAGGGAAGGCGGGAGCGACGAAGCCAGUCCGUUUGAUCCGGUUCAGUCAGCCGAGAGCGUAAUCAGAGCGGCGGAGCGAGAACGCGCGGCGGCGGCCGCAUGGCGGACGUCACCUGACGGGGCGCCAUGCGCGCGCUCCCGCCGCUGCUGCUCGUCGUCGCCGCCGUCCUCGCCGCUGCAACCGUCCGCGCCGCCGCCGCCGCCGCCGCCGCGCCUGCCACAGCCGCGCCGGCCCUCCUCGUGCUCCGUGCCGCCUGCGACGUCGCCGAUCCAUCACUGUUUACUGAACAACGACUUGAAAACUAUGCAGCCAUGACUGAAAGAAAUAUUAUACUUCAACGCCGCUCUGUCCGGAUACUGAGUUAUAAAAAGACAUGCGGAAAAGAUUGGAAAGUAGAAGUAACACGGAGUGCCUUGAUGACCAUCGGCGGUGGAGGUGCGGUGUCUUUUGCGGGGUGGGCGGGUACCGGUGUCUGCGAGGCGCUAACGGCAGCGGCGCGCGUGCUGCGCCGCCCGCUGCCGGGCGUGUGCGGCUCGCCGGCCGCCAGGGGUACUGCCGUUGUGCAGUUGGCGGUCCGUCUGCGUUGGCGUCGCGUGCUACUGUCCUUUGCUCCCUCUCGUCCCGAGUGUUUGGCAUCCCUGCGUGAAAUUGAGCGCGCUCUCAUAUCAGCGGGACUAGCGGUACGCUAUGCACAACUCUCGUCCGACGAGCUUGCUCGACGACCGCAUGUUGUGAUCUUAUGUGCCUCUUUUCGAUCGGAGCCGGCCAUAGACAUAGGUGCGUUACACGCUAGUGCCGGGGCUAUGCCGGUGGUGUUAAUCGUGCACAUCGACGAGUAUGAACCCCCGCCGAAGAAUGCGCCUGCCGACCCGUCGGCGGCUACCGUAACGAUCGAUGAUUCCAAUGACGCUUUUCAAAUGAGCAAUAUCACUUUAGAUAUAAGAAAUUCGCCUUAUAAACGAAAGAGAGAUAAUACACCGCCCUCUUUGGUAACGUCCUUACCCGAAAAUGCAAAUUUAUCGUCAGUUCAUCCAGAACCUUAUAAGAAAACUUUCUUGUCGCCGUCGCCCGUUUCAUUAGUAAACAACAUCGUAUCUUCCUUAGAUCACAAUAACAAAACUCGUUUCGUAUCAAAAAGGUCGCAACUGACCUAUACCACUGUUUUCAAGGAACACAGAGAAGUAAACAAGAUAAAAACGAGCAUAAUAGAGAAAUUGUUACAAAAUAAUACUCACGGAAUAUAUAUCUCAGGAUCUACAAAACAAACGUUCACAAAUAACAAGUCGAAGGCCGACCCCGAAGUUAGUAUUGUUCGCGGGCGCCGUACACCACGGGGAACUUGGAACGACGUGCCCACAGCUGGAUAUGAGAAAUUUAAUAUUCUCGUUUCACAGCUGGAUUAUUCUAUCCAACGACGUAUGCUAUUUCUUAGUGAUAAACGACUUGAAACCGAACAAGCACCAGUGAUAGCUGAUGCGAUAUAUGAGGAAAUAUUGGAAGCACUUCAUCAAGAUACAGAAGCGGAGCGAACACGAACUGAAAGUGGUCGUAUGGCAUUUUUCUUGUACGAUAUAACCUUUAACAAUCUAAUUAGAUCUGGUUGGCGAUGUGUAGCAUUACUUGCAACUGUAUCUACUAGAUCUUUGGACAAAACGGAUGAAUGGCAUACCGUCGUAGAAAUAAUAAAUUCGACUAGGAGUUUUGAUAUUUGGAGUGAGGAGUACACCGGUGAUCACGAUGAUGUGUCACUUGGCUUGACUAUGCCAAUAUUAGUUACAUGUGUGGUGGCGGCAUUGAUAGCUGCUGUGGCACUUAUUUUAAUUGCGCGGUGGCUAGCAGUGCGCCGCCGUCGAAGAAGACGACGCGGCGAUGCCGUACUGGUGCCUAGUGAUUUUACAUUUCCUGCGGAUGAGAGGCGUCGUGUCGGAGAAGGCAUGGAGACGAUGCUGUCGUGCUGGCUCCAACAACUGCAUGAAUUCGGUGGUCCUGAACUCGAGCCACCAGAUCUACUGAAACAGCCACCUCGGGCAACUCCCCGCGAACCCUCCGCGCCCUCAUCCACUUGUAGCAUUAACCGCGUAGCAGUAGAUCGUCGCACUAGAUACAGAGGCGAUGCGGUACAUAUGAAAUAUCUACCAGUGGUUUCACUUGAACUAAAACGCAAGGCGACUGAUGUAGUCCUAGUGAUGCAAAAUUUGCGACAUGAGAAUCUAAAUCCUUUCAUAGGUUGUUUGUGUGAAGUGCGGCCUGCACUGGUGUUUGACCAAUGUGGGCGUGGCUCGCUGGAGGACGUGCUCAUGGCGGACGACAUCAAACUGGACUGGACGUUCCGGUUGUCGCUGCUCACCGACCUGGUGAAAGGCAUGCGCUACCUGCACGCGUCGCCUUUGCGCGUGCACGGCCGCCUUACGUCACGCAACUGCGUGGUCGAUUCGCGCUGGGUGUUGCGCCUCACUGACUACGGCCUGCCGAGUUUCUAUCGCGCACAAGGCUUGCCGCAGCCUCAGCGCUCCUCUCGGGAUUUGUUGUGGACGGCGCCAGAAUUACUGCGUGAAGGGAGAGGAGGUGGUCGCGGCUCGCAGCCAGGAGACGUGUUCUCCUUCGCCAUUAUUAUGCAAGAGGUCAUCGUGCGCGGGGAGCCCUACUGUAUGCUGGCGCUUACGCCUGAUGAGAUCGUGGAAAAAGUAAUGCGACCGCCGCCGUUGAUUCGACCAUCGGUGUCAAUGGGCGCGGCGCCCCCCGAGGCCGUCAGCGUGAUGCGCCAAUGCUGGAGCGAGGCGCCCGACCUGCGACCCGACUUUCAUCGACUUCACGACAUAUUCAGACACUUGCAUCGUGGCAGGAAAAUCAACAUUGUGGACUCUAUGUUUGAAAUGCUGGAAAAAUAUAGCAAUAACUUGGAGGAGCUCAUAAGAGAGCGUACUGAACAACUUGAUAUGGAGAAAAAGAAAACUGAACAACUUCUCAACAGAAUGCUGCCCAGGUCGGUAGCCGAACGGCUGAUGCUCGGCUCGCGCGUGGAGCCGGAGGAGUUCGAGGAGGUGUCGAUCUACUUCAGCGACAUCGUGGGGUUCACGGGGUUGGCGGCGCGUUCAACGCCCGUGCAGGUAGUGGACCUGCUCAAUGACCUGUACACGACGUUCGACGCGGCCAUCGAGCAGUACCGCGUGUACAAAGUAGAGACGAUCGGCGACGCGUACAUGGUGGUGGGCGGGCUACCGGCGCGCUGCCGCGACCACGCGGAGAGCGUGGCCACCAUGGCGCUGCACUUGCUGCACCUGGCGGGCCGCUUCCGUGUGCGCCACCUGCCCGCGACGCCACUGCACCUGCGCAUCGGCCUGCACACCGGGCCUUGCUGCGCCGGCGUCGUCGGCCUCACCAUGCCGCGCUACUGCCUCUUCGGCGACACCGUCAACACCGCCUCGCGCAUGGAGUCCACUGGGGCGGCUUGGCGCAUACAGAUAUCAGCGGCGACCGCUGAACGACUAUCUGCAGCGGGCGGUUACCGCCUGCGGUCACGCGGCCUCACUCAGAUCAAGGGCAAGGGUGCUAUGCACACGUACUGGCUGCUCGGCAAGGAGGGGUUCGACAAACCGUUGCCCACACCACCACCGCUAGAAUCUGAGGAAGUGCUAUUCGAAACCGACGGCGAGAACGAGAGCGAGUCAUCGUCAGCUCCGUCGGCGACGCCAGUCAAGUCUUCGCAAGUUAUCGAACGUCAGCGCUCAGACCCCACUUCAACUCAUGAUAAGUACGCAUGGCAGAGAUCAGGUGCGAUGUCAGCGGACAGCAGCCCGCCGCGCGCGCCCCGCGCCGCAUCCGCCGUCUGCGUCGGCACCCUCGGCACCUCUGGCACACUCACCGCCGACCACAGCGCUCCUUACGCGCGGUACAGAUGUUUACCGAGCGGUUCACGGGUGUUGCGGCGGCAGUGGUCGCUGGAGCGCGGCGAGGCGCUGGCGGCGGCGGCGGGCGCGCGGCGCUCGGCCGGCUCGCCGCCGCAGCCGGCGGCCGCGCCGGCCGCGCCGGGUGCGCCGGCCGCGCCGACCGCGCCGCCGCCCGAGCCGCUGGCGCUGGUGCCGGCCGCGCCGCGCGCGCCGCCCGCCCGCUACCGCACGCGGCCCGCCGGCGCCGCGCCGCCCGCCGACGACGACUCCUCCCGACCGCGCCCGCCCUGA